UAUAUCAUAAAAUCACACACCUUUUAUACAUAUAUAUAUAAUCUUAAUUCUUCUAUUUAUUCUCUCAUCAUUAUUCAUUAGUGGAGCCCUCAUGGAUGAACUACAAAACGUCGUCGCAUCAGAUCAUCAUCAUCACAUUCCAUCAUCUUUGUUUUCACCUCAUUAUGCUGAUCUUCAUCAAUGUAACCAAACAAGUAAUCUCGACCCUUCGAUUAACGUUUCGGAUGCCGUUGAUUGGUCUAGUUUUUUGAUCAAUUCACCAACGGUUAAUAUUGCUUGUGAUCAAGAUGAUGAUAAACUGAUGAUUGAUUGUGAUCUUGAGCAUGAUGAUCAACAAAUCAAUGGUUCAGAUCAUCUUUUAGGUGGUGGAAAUAAUGAGGAUGAACGUAGAAGAUCAUGUGUUAUUGAUCAUAAUAAGAUGGAUAGUAUUAGUAAGAGAAGUAGUAAUAGUAGUAGUACGAGGUCGAGGAAAGCUAAGGUGAUUCCUCGAUUUGCGUUUCAAACGAGGAGUAAAGAAGAUAUACUUGAUGAUGGAUAUCGUUGGAGAAAAUAUGGCCAAAAAUCAGUCAAGAAUAAUAUUUAUCCAAGGAGCUACUAUCGGUGCACACAUAUGACAUGCAACGUGAAGAAACAAGUGCAGAGGCUAUCGAAGGACAACAGCAUUGUAGUUACAACAUAUGAAGGAGUUCACAAUCACCCUUGUGAGAAGUUGAUGGAAGCCCUUUCGCCUCUUCUUAACCAAAUGCAAUUUCUCUCUAGAUUAACCUAAGUAUAUAACCACUUGCUGUUAAUUUUCCUCAAACUCAUCUUUAAUAUAACCCAAGUUUCCUCAGCUGAGGAAACUACGUAUAUAAGAAAUGUAAAGACACACAUUUACAUGUAUGAUGUAUCAAUGAAAAUUAUUUUAGACCAAUCUAAUAGCUGCAUAUAUAGUUGAUAUAUUUUGUUUUUCUUGACUACUACCAAAUUAUCACAAAGAUA